UACUGUUUAUUUAUUGUUAGAAGCGUGGCGAUUGGAUAUAAAUUUUCUAAAUUUCGACCCCACAGUUUAAAAGUUCUGGGUCCGCCCCUGUCUCCGAAUAGUCAAUAGCUGACAACACUAAAAUUGAUGGCCGGGUUGAUGUUUAUUAUGAUAAACCCAUUGAAUAGGAUUAUUGUGGCCUAUCUAAAGGCAUCAUAAAAGAUGAAAUAUCAAACACAGUCAUCCAACGCAAGCAUGCGGCAAUGAUACAGCGCCUCUCCAACCUCCAUCAGUCACGGCUGGCGUCGUGCAAGCCUAAUUCGGACCCAAACACCUCUCCUACACUUCCCACACAGUCAUUCCUCUCUCAUUUCUCCGGAUCUAAAAGAUCAAUCAAAUCAGAACUGUCCCAGGUCUGCAAAGCCCAAGACCCAACAAAUCUAAGAUCAGAACUGGAAAGGGUUUCAGCUUCAAUAGCUAGUCUUGAAAAGCAAGUCGCCGAGAGCUCAUACUUCUUGCCCUCAUAUGAAGUCCGGUCAUGCCUUAAAACCGUCUCCGAGCUCAAGCAAGCCCUGGAGCAGGCAAACUCUACUCUCAUCCCAAAGAAACAACACCGCAAAGAAGGACUCGAUUCCUGAGUGCCCAUCUAGAAAUGGAAACAUUGAGAAUGAAAACAACACCAUGGCUCAAAAUCCAGGGGGUUUUUUUCAGGCGUUGGACUUGCCUGGCUUUCAGGACAGGGAAAAUGAGGUCUUGUCAAUGAAUUUUAACAAAGCCAGGGAAGAUAAAACCGGAGGAGAGUUUAUGCUCUCUGAUUUAAGAGGUUGUGAAGUUCGAUUGCUGGGGUGUGUGAGGGCAUUGUUUGUGCAUAAGCUGAAAAACUGCAAGGUCUACGUGGGGCCUGUGACCGGGUCCGUUUUGAUCGAGGAAGCGAAAGGCUGUGUCUUUGUGUUGGCAUCUCAUCAGAUAAGGAUUCACCAUGCAAUGGAGUGCGAUUUUACCUCCGGGUACGAAGUAGGCCUAUAAGGCUAUAAUUGAGGACAGUACUGGGGUGAGGUUUGCCCCAUACCGUUUGGGGUAUGCCGGGAUUGAGAGGGAUCUUGAGAGGGCAAAUCUUUGCGAAGUGUCCGGGUAUUGGGCGAACGUGGAUGAUUUUUGGUGGUUGAGGGCAGUGCAGUCACCCAAUUGGUCCGUUUUGCCCGAAGAUGACCGAAUCGGAUUCGUGGAUAUUUCAAAACUGGAGUAGCGAGGUAAAUUCCAUAAAUGGUUUCUAAUAACAAGUGGGGAAAUCAGGAUCUAGUAGCGAGGUAAAUCUCCCCUCCCUCCUUUGAUGCCAUAUGUUCUCAACUAAGUUGGGGAAAUCAGGAUCUAGUAGCCACAUAUUGCAGAAUUUAAAUGAGAAAUUUUCUUUUCCAGUGUGGCACUCUUUCAAGAAAAGUGGGGAAUGAUCAGAUAGCCCCUCUUCCAUAACCAUUACCUUUGUGUUAAAUGGGUUAAACCAUUCAAUGUUGGCUAAAGCCCUGUCAAUUUUUGAGUAGAUUCUCCUGUCGGGUCCUUGUCUGUUGG